UGGCCCAGUGCUCUGUGUGCCCAGGGUGGCUGGGCAGGUUGGUUUGGAUGGAUCCAUCACUGGCCUUUGGGCAAAGCAAAUAAACCCCCCUAGACCUGUGGGCUCAGGGACUGUGGGUUGUCUCUCCUGCUAGAAACAAACAGAUGAGCCCUGGACUUGAUGUCCUGCUUACAAGGGAAGAUGGUUUUGAUCUGCUUUCAGUUCCUAGAAGCUCCCUUGCCACGUCACGGCUCUUCCAUAGAAUGCAGAACUGCCCCUCAAACUUUUCCACCCAAAAAUAAACUGCAGAAAGCCCCUUGACCCUGGCUUCUUGGUACACCUCUGAAUUUUUGGAAAUGCAGCCUGAGUGGGCGGCAGGCAGAGGAUAAAUGGGACAGUGGGGAGAGAGCCACAGCCACAGCCACCGGGCAGGAGGCACAGGGGACAGGAGGAGCCAGCACAGCCACCAUGCUGCCUGCGAGGACUGUCCUGCUGCUCACCCUGCUGCUCACCUUCUCCCUGCACCACGCCUCAGCCCACUUUGCACCCGUGGAAUGCUGCUUUAAGUACGCCCAGAAACGCAUCCGACACCCUCAAAGCUUCUACGUGACAUCCAAGGACUGCCCCCAGCCUGCAGUUGUGAUUGUGGCUGCCAAUGGUGACGAGAUCUGUGCUGACCCCAAGAAGGACUGGGUGAAUAAAAUCAUAAAACGGCUUCAAAACAAAAAAGAUCCAUCCAGCAUCUGACUUGCCCAUGCAGUCUUCCUGCCUCUCGAGGGAGCCAGCAGGGCUGGCAGCUCUUCUGCAGCGGGUGCUGCACCGUGGGCAGGGCAGGAGCCCUGCUGAGCCCGGCAGGGUCAGGAGUCACAGGGCCAUGGGGCUGCCAGCUCCCGAGCUCCUCCUGCUGUCACUGCCCUGCCACGAUGUGCUUCUGGAGCAAAUAUUUAUAAUAAAGACUCAUUGCCACAA